AAGCUGCUGAUGCUAACUGCCUGUGGCUGGCGGCGGGCAUUCGUGGUAGCUUCCCCAUGUUCUUGUUUAGGCCCUCACCUUUUGUUCAGAGAGCCACUCUGGAGCUAUGUGGCUCUCGGCCUGCCUGUGCCUUGUGCUUAGCUUCCUGGGAGGAGUGAACGGUACCUGCCCUUCUCAGUGCUCCUGUGAGUAUCACGGCAGACAUGACGGCUCAGGAUCAAGGUUAGUGUUGUGUAACGACCUGGAUAUGAACGAAGUCCCAGCAAACUUCCCCGUGGACACCUCGAAGCUUCGCAUAGAGAAGACUGUGGUCCGCAGGCUCCCCGCCGAGGCCUUCUACUACCUGGUGGAGCUGCAGUACCUCUGGCUGGCUUACAACUCAGUGGCCAGCAUAGAAACCAGUAGCUUCUAUAACCUGAGGCAGCUGCACGAGUUGCGUUUGGAUGGGAAUUCUCUGACCGCUUUCCCUUGGGUGUCUCUGCUGGACAUGCCCCACCUGAGGACGCUGGACUUACACAAUAACAGAAUAGCCAGUGUGCCAAACGAGGCGGUCAGAUAUCUGAGGAACCUCACCUGCUUGGACUUGUCGAGCAACCGACUGACCACGCUGCCACCAGAUUUCCUAGACAGCUGGUCUCAUUUAGCCGUGACACCGUCUAGAAGCCCGGACUUUCCACCGAGAAGAAUUAUUCUUGGUUUGCAGGACAACCCCUGGUUCUGUGACUGUCACAUUUCCAAGGUGAUCGAGCUGUCGAAAGUCACCGACCACGCUGUUGUUCUUCUUGAUCCUCUGAUGGUCUGCAGUGAACCCGAGCGCUUCCAAGGAAUCUUGUUCCAGAGGGUAGAGUUGGAAAAGUGUCUGAAGCCGUCCGUGAUGAUGUCAGCUACCAAAAUCACAUCUGCUCUGGGUAGUAAUGUUCUGCUGAGAUGUGAUGCCAAGGGUCACCCCACCCCACAGCUGACGUGGACCAGAUCCGACGGCUCCACAGUUAACUAUACAGUAAUUCAGGAGUCUCCAGGAGAAGGCAUCAGAUGGUCCAUCAUAAGCUUGACCAGCAUCUCUCACAAGGAUGCUGGGGAUUACAGGUGUAAAGCCAAAAAUCUGGCAGGGAUUUCGGAAGCUGUGGUUACUGUGACAGUUGUUGGUGGUGUUACGACCACCCUAUCACCAGACAGUUCAGAAAGAAGUCCUGGAGAGCCCCCUGAGCAGCAUCCCCAGCCAGGAUUAGGAGGAUCAACACCUCCAUCUAAAUCCUGGUUAUCACCCGGGCUCACUUCCGCUCCUUCCUACCCCACCCCCUCAGCAGCUCUCUAUACAUCUACGUGGUCCCCUCCUCCCUCCUCCUUGCCUCCCAUCUUCUCAGCUGCUUCUGCAACCACCAGUGUACAAACCAGCAUCUCAGGACGCACCGCCAGGACUAGCCACCAGCCACCCCUGCUCCACCCCGGUGGGAAAAGCAAUGCGAAGAUAGAGAAGAACGGAAGGAAGUUUCCUCCGCUCAGCGCAAGUAAGAAAGAAGAGUUGGCGUUGUUGGAUCAGGCAGCGCCAAUGGAAACAAACGUCACUAUCAAAGACCUCAGGGUGGCCCGUGAAACCGGCGUGAGUGUGACUCUGAUGUGGAACAGCAGCAGCAGCACACAAGAGUCCUCUGUGACUGUGCUGUAUUCUAAGUACGGUGAGAAGGACCUGCUGUUAGUGAAUGCAGACGACUAUGGCAAGAACCAGGCAACCAUAAAUGGCCUAGAGCCCGGAAGUCAGUAUGUGGCAUGUGUCUGUCCAAAAGGAGUGGGUCCCCGGGAGGAUCUGUGUAUCACCUUUUCUACCAACAGAGUUGAGGGGCGUGGCUCACAGUGGUCAUUGCUCCUCGUGGUGACCAGUACUGCCUGUGUUAUAGUCGUGCCCCUAAUUUGUUUCUUAUUAUAUAAAGUCUGCAAAUUGCAAUGCACAUCGGACCCUUUCUGGGAAGAGGAUUUGUCAAAAGAGACAUAUAUCCAAUUUGAGACCCUGUCACCCAGGUCACAGAGUAUAGGGGAGCUCUGGACCCGGAGGCACAGAGACGAUGGCGAGAGGUUGCUGCUAUGCUCCCAGUCAAGUGUGGACUCCCAGAUGAAUCUUAAGAGCGAUGGCUGUAGGACGGAGUAUUAUGGCUGAGGUUUUGCAGGCGAGAUGAACGUGAAGAAAAAAGCGCGGGAGCCACCGUAGAGCCUCUGUUGGGUGACUUUUGGAGAGACUUCCAUGUGCUCUGUGAGGAUCACCAAUGGGGUAUUUUUUGACGUGUUUAAAAUUUUUUUAGUUGGGAAACAUCUCAACUAAAACAACAAAUGGUCCCGAUUUGUAUUAACUGCAUGGCGUCUGUAUAAAGAAUUUUCCAGUGAAGCUUGCCACAGUUUUAGGGACAUCCAGUUCCUAAAAUAAAUUGACAAGAAAAUAUUCACAACAGGUAAAGUCUGCAUUUAAGAAGAGAGACUAUUUUGAACAUUGAAAGAACAUUAGCAUAACCAGCCAGGGCUGACGGCCCUGAACGUUCAAAGUGCUUUCGAAGGUUUGCUGUGGACAUUUGCUGCUGUUGCCUGGUGUGUCCAUGUGAGAUUCUAAUGAAUUUUGUGUCUAGAAAUAGUUUUUCUCUCCUCAUUUACUGUUAGAUAUCAUUCAAAAUUAGUACAAAAAGAUCAUAGCAAACAAAAUGUCUAUAGAGUUAGUGGUUAUAUUUAACACAGUUGACAGACUGUAUGGGUCUCAUGAUGUGUUAGUUUAAGAACAACCUCUUUACUUUCUUUCAUUUUCUUCUCUUAAUCUCAUUGCCAUUUUCUUUCUUCAUCCUUUAAAAUGUCUCCCUUAAAGGCCAGAAGAUGCACAGCAGCCAAAGGACUCUCUAAGCUCAGCUGUCUUCAGUGUAUUAUUUAUUCUCUGGUAGAGCAAAGGCCUUUGAGGUUUCUUUGCUGGUGUUGUUGUUGAGGUAUAGUGGUUUCCUCCUUAAUUUUUAUUUUUUCAUUUUUAUAUGGAUCGGUGUUUUGCCUGAAUAUAUAUUUGGGGACCACAUGUGUGCCCAAUGCCCUCAGAGGAUAGACGUGGGCAUCUGGUUCCCUGGGACUAGAGAUUAGACACCUCAUUCAUUACUGUAUGAUGAAUGGGUCAAAGGAAAGCAAGAAACAAACAAACAAACAAAAAAUACACAAACAGGAGGAACACUCUCCAGGUCCUUUUGUACAGCCAGUUUCAUGCUGAUACCAAACCAGGGAAAGAUACAGCCACAAAAGAAAUGAUGUUGUAAAACAGGAAAGCUAGCAAGCUAGCAAGCAAGCCACAAAGAGAAAGAGGACAAUAGCCCUGGCAAACAUAGAUUCAAAAAUACUCAGUAAAAUGCUUGCAAACCAAGUGUAGACAUACAUCAAAAAGAUCACUCACCAUGGCUGCGUUGGCUUUAUCCCUGUGACGCAGGGGUAGUUCAAGGCAUGCAAGUCAAUAACAAUUUUCUUAGCCGGGGUUUUAUUGCUGUGAUGGAGCAUCGCAAGUAAACCAACUCAGGGAGGAAAGGGUUUAUUUGGUGCAAGCUUCCACAUCACAGUUAAUUACCAAAGGAAGUCCGGACAGGAACACACACAGGUCAGUAACCUGGAGGCAGGAGCUGAUGCAGAGACCAAGGAGGGAUGCUGCUUACUAGUUUGCUCCUAGUGGCUUCUUCAGCCUGCUUUCUUAUAGCACCACUGGUCCAGGCAUGGUACAUGGGCCCUCCCUCAACAAUCGCUAGUUAAGGAAAUACAACAUGCUUCCCCAUAGCCUGAUUUUACUGAGGCACUUUCUAGGUUGAGGCUUCUUUCUCUCUGAUGACUCCUGUUUCUAUCAAGUUGACAUAAAACUAGCCAGCACAGUAACGAACCACAGAAGUGGACUGAAAGGCUAUGUCAUAAAACAGUGUUUUAAGAUUUUGAAAGGGAAUUGUUGGUGGAUCCAUUUGAUAUUUAAUUUUAUUUUUUGGUUAAAAAAAAAACAGGGAAAUUGAAGGAGGCCCACAAACACACAGAAGAAAGACUUCAUAAUACUAUUUAGUUUUUAAAAAGACUUUUCACAAGUAUUGUACUCAUUCCAAGAGGUAGUGUGGCUACAAAGAUUCAUGAAGGGCACAGCGUAGCCUGCAGCCAAGUUUUUUGGAGGCCUGACACCCUUACUUAGCAGUGUGCGGCAACCCAGGCUGGAGCUAUUCCAGAGACAAGGCUACCUACCUCAGCACAGGCGUGGUCAUAAACUGUGAGAAAGAGCUAGCCUGUACAAGCAGUUCAGUUCUGUUUAUGAAAGAAACACCUGGUCAUGGUGUGGCUGAAUACAGAUGUGAGGGGAGAAGCGUCCACCAAACUCUGAGAAUGCUCUCGGACUGAGAUGCCCUUGUCCAUGUCAUCAGACUCUGAUGGGAUGUGGCCACGGCACCAGCAUCAGUCCCUGGCCAUCUUAUACAGCACUUCCGGAAUGAACUGCUAACCAAGACUGGUCCUGGACGAUUGGUCCGAAGGAGAGAAGCUGGUUCCUAGCAGGCUGGCCUGAGCUUAAACCUGAACACUGGCAAGAAGAUAGGAUUCGGCACUUAAAUGAGUCAUGACGGCCAUUUUCCAGGGAGGACUGAGUGUGGCCGGUGGCCGGAUGUGAUGACGAACUUCAAGUGCUGUUCCGUGAACUGCUCCACAGGGGUCCUGGAGGGCUUUGUUCUGCUCGCUGCCCUUAUUGACUUCCGCAAGCACUUUUGUGUGUGUUAUGGAGGCUUCCACCAGGAUAAACCUGCCAAAAAUUAUUCCUGAGUUUGUCCAGCCUCUUGGGAAGAUGGACAGAGGAAGAAAGGUCAGGAGACAUCCUGGCUGGGAGCAGUGAAUGCUACAUGGUGUGUCUCCAGUUCCAGAUGUGUGGAGGAGCGUCUCGCCUGGAGUUUCCUUGGCACCGUGAUGCCAGGCAGCCAAAGACGACCAAGGAGCAGCUUCUCUUCAGGGCGCUCUAUUGCUAUCCAUCAAUUGAGGAAUUCUCCACGGACUCCUGAUUAAACACACCAGCAGAGUCACAGUCUCACCCAAAAGGACGUGACGGCAGUCCUCUGCCCAUCGGUGUACUAUCUCAGUGAGGCAGCACGCCUCUCACAGGGCGUGUGGAUUCCUGUGACGUGUGCUGGAGUCCAAUGGCAGCAGUCCACAAACAGCAUGAUCAAGUCCUUCUGCCAAGUAGACUGAGGGCUUUAAAAUAAUCUGAAGUUUGUUCAGUCACUACAGGCAGGACAGUCACUGCCUGUCACAGUCUAGCCCAAGCUAAAAAAGCAGCUGCCUCCGCCACACUGUUCUACAGGAUACCUGGCCCGGCUGGCUGGGUAUCUCUCAUGUGGCCGCCCCUGGAGAAUCGUGACUGCUCUGUCCUAGUCACUGUCUUUUACUCUUAUCUACAUAUACUCUCAUCCACCCUUUAGGUUCCCCUAACAUCCCUGGUGUGGCGGGAAAUCUUGCCAAUGUUCUGAAUCACAGAUGCACAGUGGGCUCAUUGUAGAAGAAUCCAUUACACCGAACUCCAUUUUACCUGUCCUGUGAAGAUUUUGAGGCAUAGGAUAGAUAUCUGAAGUUGUGUCAGGAGUUCUGAAAUGUUCUGAGAAGCAUAUUUUGUGUAAGACGCAUGUUGGCUUUUAUUUAAUGUACUACAUCACAGAAAUUAUAAGUAGUUGGGGAAUUAAAAGUCAUUCUAAACACCUUGUUAAAAAUUAAAAAAGAAUGUUAGUUUAGACAUGAUGUGCAUGCUGGAAGAACAGCUGUGGAUGGAUAGCUUGUUUAGAUUCUAAAUCUUCCCUAUGCCCAUAACUUCCUGGUUUCCUUUUCCUCCUCUUUGCCUUUCUCUUUCUCUUUGCCUUUCCACUUCCUUUUCUGUUUCCUUUUCCCUCCCCUUCCCUUCUCUCCCCUUCCCUUCUCUCCCCUUCCCUCUCCUUCCUUCCCUUCCCCUCUCCCUCCCCUCCCCUCUCCCUCCCCUCCCUUCUCCCUCCCCUCCCCUCUCCCUCCCCUCCCCUCUCCCUCCCUACCCUUCCCUUCCCUUUCUCUCCCUAACCUCUCCCUUCUCUCUCCCUUCCCUUCCCUUCCCUUCUUUUUCCAUUCCCCCCUUCCUUCUCUCUUCCCCCCUUCCCUCUCCUUCCUUCUCCAACUCCUCCCUUCUCUUCCCCUUUCCCUCCCCUUUCUUUGUCCUCCCCUCCCCUUCCCCUCCCCUCCAGUUUCUUUCUCCUCUUCUUCCCUGUCCCUCUUCUUCCCUCCUCUCCUUUCCCUUCCCUUCCCUUCUCAUCCCCUUCCCCCUUUCUUUUCCCUCCCAUCCAGGUAUCCCUGGUGCUCUCACCACUGAGUGCAUUGUCUAACGAUCUAAAGCUUUUAGUUUACUAAGCAUUGCUAAGGAUCUUCCAAACACUUUUUAUAAAUGACUUUGUUUAACUCCAGUUGACGUUAGAUUAACCUGUUUUAAACUAAAAGGUCAAUAAAUAAAACUUUUAUUUAUGUACUA